UGUAGAAGAAGCUGGUGCCCUUCCCACCGAGAGGGGCUGGGGCCUGUAAGCCUGGCCACCGCUCACUGCCAGGGUGAGCGGGCAGAUCCAAGGUAGAGCACGAGCCACAGUGGGCCUGGCACCCCACACUGCCACAGGGUACCUGGUGGCUGCUUCGCUUCCACCUUCAGAUUCCCGCGAACAUUCCACGUGUAGCCAAGCCUAACUGGGACCCAGGUAGGGAGGGCAACUCCGGGAAACAAGGUUCUAGCUUAGUCCCACUGGCACGCUACAAAAUCACCACAGCCCCUGAAAUCAAUAUCCAAACGCGGCUUUUCACAUUCAUCUUCUGGCCAGCAGAGAUUCUGAAGUGGUGAUGGUGGAGAUGUGACAGGGUAAGGGCAGGGGUGAAGGCAGCUUUCUUGGUGGCCUUCAUGAUGUGUCUAUCAAAGAAAAAUUGAAAAAGCCCGAUAGGUGCUCAAUAUGUAUUACAUGGCCACGGAUCCAAAUGUUCAGGAUUAUGUAUCUGGACGUCACAACUGAAUCAAAGUUGUGACCGAGAGGUGCUGAGGGGCACUCAAGAAUUUACAAGUGGCAAUGUUUUCUCUGGACACCAUGGUAACCCACUCCGUUUGUCUCUCCUCUCCUCUGAUCACUGUGCUGGACAGGAGGAAGGAAGCAGCGGGGGAUAGGGGACAAAUGUGACCAGAAGCACCCCAAGGGCCGGAAGAGGAUCCCUGAAAACUGUUUAUCUACCUCCUUUUUGGCAGAAGCCAGUUCGUUCCCAGUGUACCAGAUGGAUUUGAAUAAUAAAGCCAUAUUCCACCAUGUGUGUAGGCUUUUCUAGAGAAACACUUCCUCUCUGUGGGGUAACAGUAGGUGGGGUGAGAUGAUAAAAGUAUGUGGCAGGCAGUUCUUUCCAAACCCAGAAUUUGAAGUGGCCCUAGGUGCAGCCUUGCCUGAAUCUUGAGCUUUUCUCCUUCUUUAGACAGAUCUGCAGUUCAAUGGGAACCUUUGAAUAAGGGAAGAUGGGCCAGGAUAUGGAAUAUAUGCUAUGGAGGUUUACUGAAGAUGGCGGCUGGCUCCCUCUUGAUGGUUUAUGAGAUCAGCUGCAUUAAAGGAGGCCUAACACUGAUGAACAAGGCUGUGCCGCCAAGGUUUAUGUACCCCAAAGAGUGGCAGCACCUCACCAUGUUCAUGCUCCUCACCGUCAAUGGCUGUGUAGACAUCAUAAGCAGGCACGUUCUCCCUCAGAGGCAUGUGGUCCUGGAAAAAGGAGCCCUGGUCCUGAGCUUCUACGAGCUCCUCCUGCUGAUGGUGUCACAUGUUAAGGACUCAGAAGGGGUGGAGCUGCAAGUCCACUCUCUGCUCAUCUUGGUGGUGUUCCUGCUGGCGCUGGUGCUGACCGCACAGCUGUGGGCUCCCGGCACGUUUCAGCUCUGGGUGAUGGAGACCUUUCUGUUUCUGACGAUGGGCUCCUGGCUGAUGCAGGCGGGCUUUAUUCUAUUCAGACCCAUCUCCGGCUACCCCUGGCAAGACGAUGACAUCAGUGACAUCAUGUUUGUCACCACCUUCUUCUGCUGGCAUUUGAUGAUCAAUGCCUCAUGCCUCUUGGGAAUCUAUGGCUUCUCCUAUUUUUGGCAUUGUUGUUACAGUCCCAACUUGAAGUUGAUGACAUCCAAAGAGGCUCCACAGCACACAAGCACUCCAGGACCCCUCUACAAGUUGCUGCAGGAAGAGGAGCACUCAGAGAAAGAUGAGCAGGCUCUCCUCCUUUCACAGAGCUCCCCCUGAGACAGGGCCUACGAUCCCCAUACCUAGGGCGCCCCAUCUUCCCCAGAGAAGGUAAUGGCCCUAAGGAAGGCAGUUGGUCCCCACCUGCUGGUGCAUUUCCUGUUCCUGACUCUAACUACUGAGGAGUUGAGAAGGUGCCCGAGAAAGAGCGGCUGACUGGAUUUGGGGGGAGGGAGGGAAGAGGACCAGAGGUAUAGAUUAACGUGCAAGAAAGGCAUGGGAGGAAACAAUGGAAGAGAAGGAAGGGCUUUUGAAGGGGAAGAACAGAGUCAAGCAGUCAUGCUGCCACCAGCUGCUUCUGCAGGCACAAGGGAUUGCCUUCACCUGAGGGAAUAAAGAUUUCUCACAAUUCAAAACUGAAACCAUUCAAGUCUCAUCCUGAUAAAGAAAAGUGGAUAUUUUUAUGUGCUCACCAAAGUGGUGCCACCAUGUAGAAGGAGCAUAACAAAAUUUAUAGUUAAUUUGUGCACGUUGAAAUUAUGCUGUUUUUGUAUCCCCUUCUCCCCCCAACUUUUAAGGAUGGACUUCAUUUCAAUUUUACAUAUAUAAAUAUGUGAGGCUUUUCAUAUACCUUAAUAACAGCAAAUUUGCAUAACUUAAAUAUUUAUAGAAUUCAAAUGGUCAGUACUUUCCCAACUUCACAUUUUAUUACUCUCACUCUAGGCAAAGCAUACCUUUUUCACCAUCCCCAUCCUUGAGCAUGCAAUUUUUUUAGAUCUUAUCCUUGGGUCUUUGCAAAAGUCUCCCUUGCCUGUCCCAGAAAGCUAUCCUACAAUCCCAUUUUUACCAUGUUAUUAGAUACCCAGUAUAGAACCCACCUCUCCCUCCACCCUACCGAGUAUCCCCAAGGCGCCUUCUCCAAGAACUCUUAUCUACUCCUCUGUUUUGGAACACUUAGGAACUUAUAUUAAAUCUGCCCUAUUAUUUUGCCCAUACCGGUGACACAUUUUGCUUUGUGCUGUUUCUGAAAUCAUUUCCCUUAGAAAGAUUUUUCCUCACCAACUAAUGCGUAGGCUCCUAAAGGGUAAAGAGUUUGCCAUAUCCAAGUUACACAGUUUCCUACGUAUGCUGCCACUGUGUGCCCUAGUCGAUGCUUAAUAAAGGCUUCUUUGCUUCUAGAAUCUCUCCUUGCCUCUGUUUCUUCUAAAUGUGUUGCCCGACAGGUCAGAGGUUUUGUGAGCCUCUGGGCAACACCACCAGUCCUAAACACUGAGUCAUCUUCCUUAGUAAUAGGUCCACUCUCUUCCUCGUUCUUGGCUGUAAUAAAAAUUCAGUAACUUGGUUCUGAAUCAUUUACACUGUGAUUAUUUUUUAAUCCACACAAGUGUUUCUAGAAGGAACCUGCAGGAAACUGGGACUCCAGCAGGUUGACUUGCCUGAGUGUCACAGCUGAUUCGAGGCAAGACAGGAAUUUAAGUGCAGGUGCCUCUGACUGAAGCCCGUGACUGUGUCCUCCCGGCCAUAGUGACUUUGCUACUGGCAACACUGAAGGGAGUGACCCUCAAAAUGAAAUUUAAAAAAAAAAGAAAAAAGAAAACAAAGCCAGCCAGAAGGCCCAGGUGGAGCAAACAGCACAGUGUAAUGAUACCCAUGCCCCCUACAGGGUGUGUUCAUGCUACACCUUCUGCCCCUAUCCCAACCCCGACCCUCCCAGCGGGUGAGAACCUGGCAGACUCUAAACUUCUGGCUCUGCCUUACAUUUCUGGGCUCAGAUCCAAGCGCGGGCUGAGGAUCAGACUUGUUUGUGACCAGUUCUGCUGAUCCUCGCCACUUCCCGUUUACUCUUGGUUCCUAGACUCUUUUCGGCGACUUUCCUUUGGCAGCUUUCCUUUUCUUGUCCCCUCUCUUACACACUGAUGGCAGGUGAUGAAAAAGCACAAACACAUAGCUGCCCAAUUCCAGUCAUUUGAAGCCUAAUUUUAUAAUGAUAAACCUCUAGUAAUCAAGCGACAGCCCCAACAUCAUAGCUCUCAAAUAUCCAGUGUAGGCAACGAACUUGCAUGUUAUCAACAUACUAUAUUUAGGAUGUAACAGAAUGGCCCUCCACAUCAAAGCCAGUCAAGAAAAAACCUCCCAAACACUUAAGGUUUCAGGGGGAGUUUGUAAUUUUCACAAAAUUCCACCAGAGGGCACUAUGCUCACAUCGCCCUGGCCAAGCCUCUCGCUCUCCAAUCCCAGUAAACAAGUCUCUCAACAACCGGUUUAAAAGAAGUGGGGGAGGGGAGAGAUGGGCAGGAAAAAUACAGAAGCAGACAAGUAUUGCCCAAGCAUCCAGAAAAGGUCCCCUAAGGCUGUUUGUGUCCCGUUAAAAUUUGGCAUGUGAACGUGAAAUAAACAGGGAUCCAAAUCAACUAAUAGGAUUGGAGGGGUGAGGGAGGAAGAGCUGUGGACCUACUUGAGGAUUUGUUCGGGGGAAAAGUAGUAUUAACUAGAGGACACACUCUGAUCCAGAUAAUUUUGUAGUCAGAAGACUAAAGUCCCUAAACUUUGUAAUUAGCUUCAAUAAUGUUCCAAUCAAUCUAGAGAGCAAAGGUAGAUCUGUAUAUGCAUUGAGAAUAAAGAACAAACAUAUCUACUAAAAUCCCAGAUUCAGCAAACAAUGAAACAAGGGACAGUUUAUUAGAUAUGCAAAACGAUCUCCAAACAGUCCUUCAAAGAGAACCUGCCUUACAGCAUUGUUGUUCUGGUAAUUUAGUUAAUUCACAAAGAAAAUAUAUAUUGAAUGUCAGCUCUACAGAAGUCGAUGGGUGAGCCUGAUGGGUGAGCCCUUACGUGGGAUUCAGAGGAAAGCUGGUUGGCCCUGCACUCUGUACUGUCCUCGGUGGCCACUGUAGACAUUUUAGUAUUUUAGAGGUGGUGGCCCAGGAACACAUCACCCACAGACUGAGGAGACAGAGGAAGGGGAACAGAAAAGCAUUCCCAAAGGGAUGGCACUUUGGAAGCACAUUAGGCUGUAAAAUACUGUCCUAACGUGGCUUUGGCCAGUUAAUACAAGUUAUCUAGGUCUCAUCUUUUAGAAUGAUGUGAGGACCUAAUUUUAGAAUUGUGUGGCUUUAAUUUUCUUAUUUUCACAUGUUGUUGGCUAAAUGAACUUGAUUCUUCCCAACCUUCCAAGUAGUUUCAUAUUCCCGACAAGAUUUGGGGUACACCUCAAACAGACCCAACCCUUCAAUCAUAACACACACCUUGGGAAAUAGGGUGUUCCCACAUUUGAAUGCUAUCAGCAGGCAUUCAGCAGAACCCAAAUCAGGCUGUAAGAGAUAUGACUGAGACUUGAACUUCCAAUUUUUUUCUCCUGAGGUGAAAAAUAUCAAUCAAAGAAUAUGAAGAGCAAUUCCUCCAUGCUCAGUGUUAGUUACUGAAGUAUAACCUACGCUAACUGUAUAGAGUGGAAUUUCAAAGCUUGGCCAACCACAGCUUCUCCCCAAAAUAUGAUUUAAGAAUAGGCUGUGCGUGGUGGCUCAAGCCUGUAAUCCCAGCUAGCACUCUGGG